UUACCGAUCUUUUUCUUCUUUCUCUUUUAAUUUUUGUGCUUUCUUUUUUUGUGAGCUCUGCAUUAUAGCUUCGUCUAUUGCAAUUACUUUUGUUCUAAGGCAUCUCAGUUCCUGAUCCGUGCGUGGUGGUUUGCUGGUUCUGUUUCGCUGGAAGAAGCAGGAGGAGGAAAUGAGCCUUACUGGAGUUUAUGCUUUUUUCCUAUUUCAUUGAUCGUGGCUUUAAUUUUGGGGGUCUUUGUUUCCCCCACCCCCCUUCUUUUUUUUUGGCUGAAGGCAAUGGAAAGCGAUUAUUCUAAAGAAAGCUGUUUGCUUCGCUGUUAGAACUAAAGCAUCUGUGCUAGCAUGUUGGAGAAAUAGCCAGAGCAUCCGAGGUGUAAGGCCAAAUGACAUAGGAUGAAGGCUAUUCGUAACCUGCUGAUUUAUAUAUUUUCCACCUAUCUCCUGGUUAUGCUUGGAUAUAUUGCGGCCCAAGACUUCUGGUGUUCCACUUUGGUCAAGGGAGUCAUUUAUGGAUCUUACUCUAUAAAUGAGAUGUUUCCCAAGAACUUUACAAACUGCACUUGGACGCUGGAGAAUCCAGACCCCACCAAAUAUAGCAUCUACCUGAAAUUUUACAGACGCGACCUAAACUGUUCCAACUUUUCUCUCUUGGCUUAUCAGUUCGACCACUUUUCUCACGAGAAAAUCAACGUGCUGCUCAGGAGCAACGAGUCCAUCGUCUACCUGUGCGACUCCAGAAAUCUCUACGUUUUUUUGCAGUACGACAAGAAUUUUGUGCAGCUCCGGCGGGUCUACCCUUUCGAUUAUCCCGGAUUGGUACACAAACGAGAAGAGGAGCAGAGGUCCGUCUUGGAGUUCUUGGUUUUGAACAAAGUGAGCCCCAGCCAGUUUGGCUGUCAGGUGCUCUGUACGUGGUCCGAGAGUUGCCUCAAAGCCGACAAGGGGAGUGCCGAGUCCUGUGGGAUAGUCUAUACAAAAUGCCCGUGCCCCCAGCACUUGGGAGAUGGGGAGGCCGAAAGUGUCUUUCUGCUCAAUAAUGUGGUGUUGCCAUUGAACGCGCAGACCGAAGGAUGUUUGACCCCUCAGCUGCGGACUGCGCAGGUGUGCAACCUCAGCGCCGAGGUCAAGCGGCCGACGAAAGAAGAAUUUGGAAUGAUCGGAGAACACACAAUAAAAAGUCAGCGACCACGAUCAGUUCAUGAGAGAAAGGUCCCUCAGGAGCAAGCCGAUGCUGCUAAAUUUAUGGCACAAACUGGUGACUCUGGAGCUGAAGAGUGGUCCCAGUGGAGUUCAUGCUCUGUUACGUGUGGUCAAGGGUCGCAGGUGCGAACCAGAACUUGUGUAUCACCUUACGGGACACACUGCAGCGGCCCUUUAAGAGAAUCAAGGGUUUGCAAUAACACUGCCCUCUGUCCAGUGCACGGCGUGUGGGAAGAAUGGUCACCCUGGAGUCUGUGCUCGUUCACCUGCGGCAGAGGACAGAGGACACGAACGCGGUCCUGCAUCCCCCCUCAGUAUGGCGGCAGAGCUUGUGAUGGGCCAGAAACACAGACUAAGCAGUGCAACAUUGCUCUCUGUCCAGUGGACGGCCAAUGGCAAGAGUGGACUCCGUGGGGUCAAUGCUCAGUGACCUGCUCCAAUGGCACCCAGCAGAGAAGCAGACAGUGCUCGGCGGCAGCGCACGGAGGAUCAGAAUGUCGAGGACACUGGGCCGAGAGCAGGGAGUGCUACAACCCCGAGUGCACCGCAAAUGGACAAUGGAAUCCAUGGGGACACUGGAGUGGAUGUUCAAAAUCUUGUGAUGGUGGCUGGCAGAGAAGGACUAGGGUGUGUCAGGGAGCUGCACUUACCGGCCAGGCCUGUGAUGGAACCAGCGAGGACGUCCGUAAGUGCAGUGAGCAGCGCUGUCCAGCCCCGUAUGAAAUUUGCUCAGAAGACUACACAAUGGCGAUGGUGUGGAGAAGAACACCUUCCGGAGAGUUAGCAUUCAACAGGUGUCCACCAAACGCCACAGGCAACACGAGUAGACGCUGCUCCCUGGACAUCCACGGAUUGGCCUACUGGGAGCAACCAAGCUACGCCAGAUGCAUCACCAAUGAAUUCAGACACUUGCAGCAUUCAAUAAAAGAGCACCUUGCAAAAGGACAAAGAGCAGCGGCAGGAGAAGGCAUGUCUCAGGUGACCAAAACUCUUCUGGAUUUAACCCAGAGGAAAAACUUCUACGCUGGGGAUCUCUUGGCUUCUGUGAAGAUUCUCCGAAACGUUACCGACACGUUCAAAAGAGCAAGCCACGUCCCGUCUUCUGAUGAUGUUCAGAACUUCUUUCAAAUCAUCAGCAACCUGCUUGAGGAGGACAACAGAGACAAAUGGGAAGACGCCCAACAGAUCUACCCAGGGGCCGUGGAGCUCAUGCUCGUCAUUGAAGAUUUCAUUCACAUUGUGGGACUGGGAAUGAAGGACUUUCACAAUUCCUACCUGAUGACCGGAAACCUGGUGGCCAGCAUUCAGAAACUUCCAGCCUCCUCCGUUCUGACAGACAUCAACUUCCCCAUGAAAGGCAGGAAAGGCAUGGUUGACUGGGCCAGAAACUCUGAAGACCGAGUGGUUAUUCCUAAAGGGAUUUUCACUCCAGCAUCAACAGAACUGGAUGAAUCCACCGUCUUUAUUCUUGGAACUGUGCUGUACAAAAAUCUGGGCCUGAUUCUGCCAUCGCCAAGGAAUUACACUGCUGUGAACUCCAAAAUAAUUGCAGUCACAGUGAGACCUGAGCCUAAAAUCGCCGAGUCCCUUCUGGAGAUUGAAUUAGCUCACCUGGCCAAUGGAACUGUGAACCCUUACUGCGCACUCUGGGAUAGCGACUUGACAAACGAUUCUUGGGGAGCUUGGACUACCAAGGGAUGCAAAACUGUGCUUACCGAUGCAUCCCAUACGAAAUGCUUAUGUGAUCGUGUGUCUACCUUCGCCAUUUUGGCUCAGCAACCAAGAGAAAUAACCAUGGAAUACUCAGGCGUCCCUUCGCUGACGUUAAUCGUGGGCUGUGGCCUGUCCUGCCUGGCCUUGAUCACCCUCGCUGUGGUCUAUGCGGUGCUAUGGAGAUAUAUAAGAUCAGAACGGUCCAUAAUAUUAAUAAACUUCUGCCUCUCCAUCAUCUGCUCUAACAUCCUAAUUCUGGUUGGACAAACCCAGACUCACAAUACGGGAGUCUGUACCAUGACCACCGCCUUUCUGCACUUUUUCUUCUUGGCCUCGUUUUGCUGGGUUUUGACGGAAGCUUGGCAGUCUUAUAUGGCCGUUACUGGAAAAGUACGAACACGGCUGAUUAGGAAGAGAUUCCUCUGCCUAGGAUGGGGACUCCCAGCAUUAGUUGUUGCCAUUUCAAUGGGAUUUACAAAAGCCAAAGGCUACGGGACAUCUCAGUACUGCUGGCUGUCUCUUGAAGGAGGUCUUCUCUAUGCCUUUGUUGGACCUGCGGCUGCUGUUGUUUUGGUCAACAUGGUUAUCGGUAUACUAGUUUUUAAUAAACUGGUAUCAAGAGAUGGGAUUCUGGAUAAAAAAUUGAAACACCGAGCUGGACAGAUGAGCGAGCCCCAUACAGGUCUGACAUUAAAGUGUGCCAAAUGUGGAGUGGUGUCAACGACGGCCCUUUCUGCGACGACUGCCAGCAAUGCAAUGGCUUCACUGUGGAGUUCAUGCGUGGUGUUGCCGCUCCUGGCUUUAACCUGGAUGUCAGCAGUUCUGGCGAUGACGGAUAAACGAUCGAUACUCUUUCAGAUACUCUUUGCUGUCUUUGAUUCACUGCAAGGAUUUGUUAUUGUCAUGGUCCACUGCAUCCUUAGAAGAGAGGUUCAAGAUGCAUUCAGAUGCAGACUAAGAAAUUGCCAAGAUCCAAUUAACGUUGACACAUCUGGUACUUUUCCAAAUGGCCAUGCGCAGAUUAUGACAGAUUUUGAAAAGGAUGUGGACAUUGCUUGUCGAUCAGUUCUUCACAAAGAUUUAGGUCCUUGUAGAGCCGCCACAAUCACCGGAACACUCUCCAGAAUUUCUCUUAAUGAUGAUGAAGAUGAGAAAGGUCCCGAAGGCAUGAGCUAUUCAACCUUACCCGGCAAUAUCAUCUCCAAAGUUAUAAUCCAACAGCCAUCCGGACUUCAUUUGCCCAUUGGAAUAAGCGAACGAACUGACCCUGGUGUGGACAGCACCAGCGAUAUGAGAAGAACUGUUUAUUUAUCUACUGAUGACAAUUUGAAAACGGGUGACACCGAACUGUUGCAUCAGCAAGGCUCCUUAAUGGAUAGUGACUAUAUUGUGAUGCCAAGAGGUUCUGUUCAACCCCUGGUAAAGGAUGACGGCAAGCUAAACAUUGGCAUGGACGCUUUGCAACAUGAAAGAUUAAUGCAUUAUAAGGUGAACCCUGACUUCAGUAUUAAUGCUCCUGUAAUGGAUCAGUUCAGUUUGAAUUUAGACCAUCAGUUUGUGGGCCAGGAGCACAUGCAGAGCAUGCCUUUUGAACCACGAACAGCAGUUAAAAACUUUCUAGCUGAAAUGGAAGAAUCUGGAGGUUUACCAAGAAGCGAAACAGGAUCUACAAUAUCCAUGAGCUCCUUAGAGAGAAGAAAAUCCCGUUAUUCUGACCUAGACUUUGAAAAAGUAAUGCACACGAGAAAACGGCACAUGGAGCUGUUCCAGGAGCUCAAUCAGAAAUUUCAAACCUUGGACCGAUUCCGGGAUAUACCAAAUAUGGGCAGUAUGUGUGGAAAAUCAUGGACCCUCUCUUCUUCUGGGCAUAGGCGAGGGCAUCUAAGUGAUAAAGCAGUGACAAACAAGCACCCCUGGGACAGUUUCAGCACCCCCUGCGAAUAUCAGAAUUACCCAACAAUGAAUGUAUUAGAGACGGAUGUAAAGGAUACGUUAGAAAUGACAGCAGCAGAAUGGGAAAAGUGUGUCAGCUUACCUUUAGACGUCCAGGAAGGCGACUUUCAAACUGAGGUUUAAAUAAAACAGAAAAGAACAAUCUUCUUCUUCUUCUUUUUUCUUCCUUUCUUUCUUUUCUUUUUUUUUUUUUUUUUUAUUUGCACUGACAAUACGAAAGAUUUUUCUUGCUGCCUGGCAUAACUAUAUGGACUUUUGAGUGUGGCAGGGAAAAAAAAAAACGAUGUGCCAAUAAAUUCAUGUCAGUGUUUUUGGGGUUUUUUUUUUUCCGUAUUCUCACCAGUGUUCUUAGUGGGACUACCAGGUGUCCAAUAAUUGCCAUCAUGUGUUCAAGUACCAGUGGAAUGAAUUGGUCAGAUGAUCCUUCUAGAGAAAACCUCAAGCAACUGUACACGUUGUGAUCGCUUCAUUGGGUCGAGCUCCGAACGAGACUUCACCCUGAAGCACAAUGUAUAUAUUUAUGCAGGUUUUUAAAGUUUAUAACAGUCUGUUUGGCCAUUACUACACUUUUUACUUUAUAAUAUAAAAAAAGAAGAAAAAAGCAAACGUUUUUUCUGUCAUUUAAAUGAAUGUUUGUUGAGCUACAUUCUUCAUUGCUUUAAAUGCAAUAAAGGUAAUACUCACUUUUAUAUGAAUAAUAUAUUUCACAUCUUUAUUACUGCAGCUUUCACAUGAAAGCUUGAAUUGGCUUUCCAGACUGCAGCCCCUGUAUGAUAUAUUUAAAAUGUUGUAUGGGUGUAAAUAAACUUUUGUCUACAUAUAUGUUUUACCUGUGCCCUUUAUUUUAGGUAAAUUUAAGACAGAAAAUGUUAACACUGGAACAAAAAAAAAGGAAUGUAAAUAAAGAGAAAGUUAUGUUCUUACUGCUUGAGAGGAUUUGUCACUCAAUACUAAGCUUAGUAUCUUUGGCUGUGAUGAUCUUUUGGCCAUAAAUCUUGUGUAUCCCAGGGUACUGUAACAAAAGAAUUCUAUGGAAUUCUACAAUUUAUUAUUACAUUUGCUUCAUACUUAAAUUUUUGGUUCGCCAUAUGAUGCUAUGUAUUUUGUUCAUUUGUCUUUUUUUAUAUAAAGACUUAUAUAUUGACUAGCAAAAGUAACGCAUCAGGUAUAUGGUAUACAAUAUGACAAUGUUAUUUUUAUAGACAAGAUUUCCAGUCGAUUUUCUUGAAGAGAAAAAAUGAUAACAAUAAUAAUAAUAAGUUCUGUCCAAGAAUUUGUGCAUUACAAAAUAUUAACUCCGUCUCCGCCGCUUAUGGGAGAAGAGACUGACGGCUUGGGUGUGAGGAGACCCCCAGGUGUGCAGACAAAAAAA